AUGGUUUUGGCCGAACCGUUGCCAUCCCUACUUUCGAUCAAAGGAGAGGCCGGAGGGUAUACCCUCACCUCGACUCAGGAUGCAAGGGAUUUGGCAACUUACUUUUGGAACAACUUCUUGGGAGGGAAAUCCUCGUCUCGCCCUCUUGGGAACGCUGUUUUGGAUGGGAUUGACUUCGAUAUUGAAGGUGGAACGUCUCAACACUGGAAUGAACUGCUCGGUAUCUUUCUAAAUAUAGCACACGAGUUUUACAAUAACCAUCCUUGCCAAUACACUUCUGGAGAUAUUUCAAAUCUGAAGAAUGCAUGGAAAGAAUGGAUUUCGUCUAUUCCUGCAACUAAGAUUUUCCUAGGACUACCAGCAGCUCCAGACGCCGCUGGAAGUGGCUUCAUCCCGGUGGCUGAUCUUACUUCGACUGUUCUUCCAGCUAUUAAGGGUUCUACUAAAUAUGGAGGUGUUAUGCUGUGGUCCAAGUACUAUGAUGAAUCGAUGAUCAAACUGGAUAUAGCUCUGGCAUUAAAAGCUAUGUCUAAAAUCUGUACUACUAUUCACUGGAUUCUGUAUGUUUAUGAAUUGAAUAUCACUUCCCAUAGCAAAUUCUUUAGGGCAGGGCCAGUUAUAUCUCAAGCCUGCAAGGCUGCAGUUCUGAGUGUCUUUAGUAUCCAAACGAGCUCCUAUAAGGCAAGCUGUGUUUCUUGCAUAAUUUCUGGACAAUCGAAGAAAAUUUCCUCAAAUGACAUUUUGGACAAACAACACCCUUUCAUUCCUAUUGAUGAGGUAAGAAACAAGCAAAGGGAACCAAGUCCAAAAAACAAGAAUUCUCAAUAUGUUCAAGGCUCGAUCAUGCUCUUUUCUAUUCAAAAACAAGAGCAAGAACGUCUGAAGAUAAAGAUUGACUCUUGCGAUGCACAUUACUGGAUAGAAUGUCAGGUUCUGAUAACUCACAAAAAACCUUGCCAUGUAAUCAAAUGUAAGUUUUCUUUCAUAAAAACGACUGAAACAUUCUUGAAGAAACCACAAGAAGUGGCAGAUGCUGAAGAUCAAGAUCAUAAUCAAGGCUAUUACACGAGACGUGAUGGGCAUUAUGAGAAUCCAUUAGCCUUGUUAUGA